AUAUGAGCAAAUCGUGUCCUCUCCAGCAGCGCAGUUCCAAUUGCAGUAUGCACGAAGAUCACCUGAGAAGCUUGUUCAAAUGCAGAUUGUGAGUUAGCAGCUCCUAGGCUUGACCCCAGAUGUCUGCAUUUCAGUUCUUAGAGGAUGUGAUGCGGCCGGUGGAGGACCAGGCCAGUAGCAAAUAGUGAGGCCUCCCUGCACAGGAUGGGGGCUAUGUAGGGCAUUUAUCCAUUGCCUAUUUAUGAUGAUAAACAUCCCUACCCAAGAGCCUUUCCAGGUUGUCCCUUGGCUGUGUGCAGCAUGCAUGAUCAUGUGCUUCAAGUUUCUCAGCUAACUUCAAAUAGCAACUUCUUUCCACACUCUUCACUGGGUUCCUCUUCAAAGCUAUCAAACGACUAGAGAGAACCAUUCAACUCCUCAAGCACAUGACCCAACAGCAUACACACGGACAUCUGCACACAAGUACUGACAUUAAAAGAUGAGUAUGUUUGGGGUAGGCAUGAAACCACCCUCUUCUCUCAUGGCUCCAAUAGUUUCUCUUUCCUCAUUCACUCCAGAAAAUGUGGAUGAAAUGUGUCACCUCCCUGGCCCUGACCACUUCAACACAUACCAGCCUGCCUGCCAGCUGCAUGUGUCUGCCUGAGUCUGCUUGUCUCCUUUGUGUGGCAUCCUGGAAGGCUAGGAAAUGAGCACGCCCCUCCCCCCUCAUUUCUGCCCUUAAGCAACUCUCAGACAAUACCUGAUGACAGUUGGGAAGUAUAUAUACCCCACCUCCUUUGCCUUCAAGUGAACUCCCAGAAUUCCCCAAAACAAAUCCCCACCAACCCCAGUGGUCAUAGGCUUACUAAUGCCCUGUAUUAGCUGCUUCCUUGUCUGCCUGACUUCCCCAUUCUCUUCUCUGUGUUUCCUGGGAUUAAACUCUAAAUGAACCACUUGCUCUCCAUUCUGUGUCUCCAAGUUACCUGCUGGAAGCACUGAAAGUAAGGAUGCUUUUCUCUGGUGGGAGGCGUGGCCACGUUGGCAGACCUGAAGAAGUUUUACUGAUGUUUAGGAUAUUCCUCAUCAUUAUUUGUCUUCAUGUUGUUCUGGUUAUAUCCCUGAAAGAAAAUGCUGAUAAUUCCAGUUUGUUAUUACCAUCUGCUGAAACAUCUCUUGUCAGUUUGGGCUCCUAUUCCAAUGAUACUUCAGAAAUAGGAACUACAAGCCUCAAUGAUGCUACUUCAACUGUAUUGUCUACUUUAAACAAAACAGAAAAAGCUAAAAUCACUAUAGUAAAAACCUUCAAUGCAUCAGUGUGGAAUAAUACAGAAAUCUGCAUGUCAGGAACCAAAUCCCAGAGAAAUAUCUAUGUUUUGUCAUCUAUUUGCAAUGAUUCAGUGUUUUUCCGAGGUGAGAUAAUGUUUCAAUAUGGUGAAGAACACAAUGUUACCCAGAAUCAAAACAUAGCUAAUGGCACCUUCACUGGAGUCUUAUCUCUGAGCGAACUCAAACGAUCAGAGCUCAACAAAACUCUACAAACCCUAAGUGAGACUUAUUUUAUAAUGUGUGCCACAGCAGAGGACCAAAGCACAUUAAAUUGUACAUUCACCAUAAAAUUGAACAAGACAACGAAUGUAUGCACUGUAAUGGUUGCUUUGGAAUCAGUACAGAUUCGUCCAAUGGAGCAGUGUUGCUGUUCUGUCAGGACACCAUGCCCUUCCUCACCAGAAGAAUUAGAAAAGCUGCAGUGUGAUCUACAGGAUCCCAUUGUCUGCUCUGCUGAUCAGCCACAUAGCCCACCAUUUUCUUCUUCCAGCAACCCCAUCCCAGUUGCACCUCAGGACACCAUUCUUGCCAAUGUUUCCAGUAUCUCUUCUGUUAUUGAUUCCCUUGAUUAUCAAUCAGAGACUGAGUAUACUCCCUCUGUGACACUGAAGGAGCACCUUCCUUCUCCCCAGCCUUCAGCUCCCAUAGCUUCCAGCCCUGCCAUUGGCAUGCCCACUCACUCUGGAACUACCUCUUCCCCUCUGCCCCAAAAUGAUCUUUCACUUAUCCCACCACAUGUGAAUCCCUCACAUCCCUCUACGACGUUAUCUGCCCCUGGGGAUGUGAGCACGCCUCCUGACAAUAUAGAAAUUGUCAGCACCAGCAGUGUUUCUGAUCUUGAAAGCCAAGUAUCCCAAAUGGAGAAAGCUCUGUCCUUAGGCAGCUUGGAGCCUAACCUCGCAGGUGAAAUGAUAAACCAAGUCAGCAAACUCCUUCAUUCCCCGCCAGCCUCAUUAGCCCCUCUGGCUCAAAGGUUAUUAAAAGUAGUAGAUGACAUUGGCUUACAGCUGAACUUUUCAAACAAGACCAUAAGUCUAACUUCCCCUUCUUUGGCUGUGGCUGUGAUCAGAGUGAAUGCCAGCCAUUUUGACACAACGACCUUUGCAGCGCAAGACCCUGCAAAUCUUCAGGUUUCUCUGGAAACCCAGGCUCCAGAGAAUAGUAUUGGUGUUAUUACUCUGCCAUCAACACUUAUGAGUAAUUUGCCAGCUAAUGAUGUACAGUUAGCUUCCAGAGUUCAGUUCAACUUUUUUGAAACACCUGCUUUGUUUCAGGACCCUUCCCUGGACAACCUCUCUCUGAUCAGCUAUGUCAUCUCAUCAAGUGUUGCAAACCUGACUGUCAAGAACUUGACAAGAAAUGUGACGGUCACACUGAAGCAUAUAAAUUCAAGCCAGGAUGCCCUAACAGUGAGAUGUGUAUUUUGGGACUUGGGAAGAAAUGGUGGCAGAGGAGGCUGGUCAUCCAAUGGUUGCUCCGUCAAAGACAGAAGGCUGAAUGAAACUAUGUGUACCUGCAGCCACCUUACAAGUUUUGGUGUCCUAUUGGACCUAUCUCGGACAUCCUUACCACCUAGUCAAAUGAUGGCUCUGACAUUUAUCACAUAUAUUGGCUGUGGACUGUCAUCAAUUUUUCUGUCAGUUACUCUUGUAACCUAUAUAGCCUUUGAAAAGAUCCGGAGGGAUUACCCUUCUAAAAUCUUGAUCCAGCUGUGUGCUGCCCUGCUGCUGCUGAAUCUAGUCUUCCUCCUAGACUCAUGGAUUGCACUCUAUAACACUCGAGGCCUUUGCAUCUCAGUGGCUGUAUUUCUUCAUUAUUUUCUCUUGGUCUCAUUCACAUGGAUGGGCCUGGAAGCAUUUCAUAUGUACCUGGCCCUUGUCAAAGUGUUUAAUACUUAUAUCCGAAAAUACAUCCUUAAAUUCUGCAUUGUCGGCUGGGGGGUGCCAGCUGUGAUUGUGGCCAUUGUCCUGACUAUAUCCACAGAUAAUUAUGGGCUUGGAUCCUAUGGAAAAUUCCCCAAUGGCACACCUGAUGACUUUUGCUGGAUCAACAGCAAUGCGGUAUUCUAUAUUACAGUUGUGGGAUAUUUCUGUGUGAUAUUUUUGCUGAAUGUCAGCAUGUUCAUUGUUGUCCUGGUUCAGCUCUGUCGAAUUAAAAAGAAGAAGCAACUGGGAGCCCAGCGAAAAACCAGUAUUCAAGACCUCAGGAGUAUAGCUGGCCUCACAUUUUUACUGGGAAUUACUUGGGGCUUUGCGUUCUUUGCUUGGGGACCAGUUAAUGUCACCUUUAUGUAUCUCUUUGCCAUCUUUAACACCUUACAAGGAUUUUUCAUAUUCAUCUUUUACUGUGUAGCAAAAGAAAAUGUCAGGAAGCAAUGGAGACGGUAUCUUUGUUGUGGAAAAUUGCGAUUAGCUGAAAAUUCUGACUGGAAUAAAACUGCUACUAAUGGUUUAAAGAAGCAGACUGUAAACCAAGGCGUAUCAUCCAGCUCUUCAAAUUCCUUACAGUCAAGCAGUAACUCCACUAACUCCACCACACUGCUAGUGAAUAAUGAUUGCUCAGUACACGCAAGCAUAAAUGGUAAUGCUUCUACAGAGAGAAAUGGGGUUUCUUUCAGUGUUCAAAAUGGAGAUGUGUGCCUGCAUGAUCUAACUGGCAAACAGCACAUGUAUAGUGAGAAAGAAGAUUCUUGCAAUGGUAAAAGUCGCAUGGCUCUUAGAAGGACUUCAAAGCGGGGAAGCUUACAUUUUAUUGAACAAAUGUGAUGCCUUUCCCCCCUAAAAUCAAAGCAUGAUGCUUCACAGUGUGAAAUGUCCAAUUUUACCUUUUCCACAAUGUGAGAUGUACGAAAAUCAUCUUAUUUUAUACUUAGCAACCUCGGAGGAACAUAAGCUAAUGGAAGGCAAUGGAUACUUGUGAAAGAGGAAAUCAAGACAUUAUCACAAUUGUGAUUUUGUUCCUUAUCCUUCAUUUGAAAGAAGACUGGUUUUACACAUCACAAUAAGCCCUGUGUUUUAAAAAUAGUUAAUUUGCUGUCACAUUUCAGAGGUUAAGUUAUCCUUGAUAACAUCUGAGAAAACAACUGCUAACAUCAGCCUGUUGGUGAGUUUAGUUGUGCAUGCAUCAGUUGUAUAUAACCUAAUUUCUAGUGACCCCCAUGUUCAAAAUCUUCUACUUUUUUGUAUUUAUUUUCUACUGUGUAAAUUUAUUCUUUUAUAGAAUCAUGGUCGUGUUGUUUUGUCUAAUGUGAUAACUUAGAAAACCCUAAUUGGUUCUGUGACUUCUUAAAGCUCCUUUUGGAAAUUAUAUGGGAUGGGAAAUAGGAAAACUUCACUGGAAUCAAGAAAAAUAAUGAGACAGCCAUGCUAGCCAAAUGUAAACAGAUGUGCCACAAUGAACUCAUAGAAUACCUUUGAAAGUUAGGAAAAGGUACCCUCACUGGGCCCACACAGUGUCAGGGGCUCAUGGUUGGCAAACAGGAUGGGCACCAUACUUUAUCCCAGUUACCCUUGUGGGUGUAUCCUUAUGCAGAGUACAACCUGUGCAAAGAUACAUGAAUCCAAUACCAGGAACCGCGAUCAGAGUAUGGAAAAAGAUAUUUAGCCUAAAACCUUGGUCAUAGAGAGGAAUAACACUGUAAUCUAGACCAUGUCAAAUUCCCAAAUCCUUGGAGCCUUUUAGAAGAGAAUAGAGUAGGGUUACCUUUUUUUAAUAAAGGGAAAUAAAUCAUAUUGUUAUAUAAAAGACAACUGUAUGGUACAUUGCUGAUUGUUAUAAUUGGUACACUCUGGCCCAGCCAGGUUUAUACUUUACUUUUUUUCAAACAUGUUGAGUAUAUAGUAACGGGGGGGGGGGGGGGAGACAACUGGUAGGAACGACAAACUAUCUUGUGAGGCUGUCCUUUGUAUAUGUAUCAAAACCUAAUUGUUCCUAGUAAUAUAGGGACUAUCCUGCUUUCCCCCCUACACCUGCUUGAGCAAUGCCUCAAGUAUUAGGAACAUUUAAAAACCUUCUAGUUUGGCCUUUCACUAAGGCUCCCUUGUAUAUAUUUCAAUUGAAUGUUAUAGCCCAGCUAACCGUAGUAAUCAUAUCCAUUUCUGUGAGUGCUGGUUUGUCUUCGCAAUCUUUCUUUACCGAAUUAUUUAAUUGUCUUGCAUUUGUGUGUUACAAUAGACAAAAAUGUUAAAUUGAAUGAAAUAAAUUUGCAGUUAAGUUCCUUAAA